CUGGACCUAGAUCAGAUGGGGAGGAAGCAGGACAAGGAGUCAGACAAACUGGCUCUACUCAGUGAGGUGGACAGACACCGCAGGCAGAUGCUCAGUAACCAGACAGUAUGGAAGAAAGCCAACCUGACCAGUAAACUGUUGCUGGACAACCUGGAAAAUGAAUCUCUUCUCUAUGGAGGAGAUAGUGAAUUUAGACAAAGAAAGGUGACCAAAGAGGGCCUGGCCCAGACGUCCAGUGACAUCACAGAGAGCCUGAUGAGCAUCAGCCAGAUGAUGUCACAGCAGGUGACGCAGAGCGAGGAAUCCAUAACCAUGCUGGCAACCUCGUCUCAGGCUGUUCUGGAGAUGAAUGAUGAGUUUAAGGCCAUGACCGGAACCAUCCAGCUGGGGAGAAAGCUCAUCACUAUGUACAACCUCAGGGAGCUCACUGACAAACUGCUAAUCUUCCUCGCUCUCGUACUCUUUCUCACCGCAAUCUUCUACAUCCUCAAGAAGAGAUUAUUUUUCCUCCAGACCAGACACAACUAACUUUAACUAAGUUACUUUUAGAGCAACUUUGAUUCGAGUAACUAUGAUCAUAUAAGAUAAUUUAUGACAUAAGUGAGUCGUGUGAGAUAAGUAUUGUAACAUUAACAUACUGCUUAUUAAUGUAAAUCCAAAUCAACAUUUUAAAGACUUGCACACACACAGUAGAAAUGGC